UGGUGAUCGUGAUCCCCGAGCGACGACGAGGGAGAGAACAUCGGCCAAACAUCACGUCGCUUGCGGUGAUGCUGUAGAACUGCAACGCCGACCGGGGAGGCAAGGAAAAUAGAAGAGGAAGGAGGAAAGACGCUCCGGUCUCGGCGCAAAUAAUAAAAUGUUCGGCAGCUCAGGAUGGUGCCUCGUGCUGGGGCUGCUAGCGGCGAGCCUGUCGGCCUCGCUCGCGCAGGCGAACUAUCCUCCUCCUCCGGAGAAGUUGACCGGCAUGAAUCCGUGCAUCAGUAAACAGACGUGCCACGAGUGUAUACAGACUCCGCACUGCGCUUGGUGCGCGGCACCAAAAUUCCCAGAGAAGAGGUGCUUCCUCCCGAAUAUCAACACCAAAAUAUUCGCGACGUGCCCCCCUGAAUACACAUGGAACCCGGACAACGUCUUCAGCAUGCUGCGGCACCGGAACUUGACGAAGGGCGGUUACGCCGCCGCCGGCGGCGGAACGGGUGGGGGAUACAUCGAGAGCUCGUACUCGAACUUCUCGUCUUCCAGCACGUCUUCAUCGCACUCCCACAAGGAGAGUUGGGGCGGUGGCGGCGGCAGGCGACGAGAGGCCGUGCAAAUGUGGCCGCAAGAAGUCAAUCUGAAGCUCAGGAUAAACGAGGCUUGCAGAAUGUCCUUUGCUUAUUUCCAAGCGGAGGAUUAUCCAGUCGAUCUCUAUUAUCUUAUGGACCUAAGUAAAUCUAUGGAGGAUGAUAAGAAGAAGCUAUCCGAUUUGGGCCAGCUACUGGUCGAGAGUAUGAGCAAGAUUACGAGCAAUUUUCGUCUGGGUUUCGGCAGCUUUGUCGACAAAGUCGUGAUGCCGUACGUCAAUACAGUGCCAAAAUCCCUCAUCGAACCGUGUGACGGAUGCGCGGCGCCGUACGGAUACAAGAACAUUAUGAGGCUCUCUCAGGACACGAGCAAAUUUGCGGGUUUGGUACGCAAUGCGUCGGUGUCCGGCAACCUGGACGCACCGGAGGGUGGUUUCGACGCGAUCAUGCAGGCGAUAGUCUGCCGGAAUCAGAUCGGCUGGCGCGAGAAGGCGCGCCGGCUGCUGGUGUUCUCGACGGACGCCGGUUUUCACUACGCCGGCGACGGCAAGCUGGGCGGUAUCAUCAAACCGAACGACGGCCUCUGUCACCUGGACACCUACGGCACGUACACCCACUCGUCCCUGCAAGACUAUCCGAGCAUCUCGCAGAUCAACCUGAAGGUGAAGCAGAACGCGAUAAACAUCAUCUGGGCGGUGACCGAGGAACAGAUCAAUGUCUAUAAGAGAUUGAUGAAGCACGUGGAAGGUUCCUUCGCCGGCAAGCUCUCGGACGAUUCCAGCAACGUCGUGGAGCUGAUCCGCGAGCAGUACGACGCGAUCUCGAGCUCGGUCGAGAUGAAGGACACAGCCAGCAGCGCGAUCAAGGUGAAGUACUUCUCGAGCUGCUUGGGCAACGGGCCGGCGGUCGAGACGUCGAAAUGCGACGGACUGAAGGUCGGCACGAAGGUGGAGUUCAUCGCGGAGAUCGAGGUCACCAGCUGUCCGGCCAACAGAUCAGAGUGGAAGCAGAAGUUUGACAUUUAUCCGGUCGGUAUCAACGAGACUCUCACGGUGAACCUGGAGAUGCUGUGCGACUGCGAGUGCGAGCGUAAAGGCCACAUGUUCGAGGAACAUUCGUCGGAAUGCAACGGCAUGGGCACGCUCAAGUGCGGCGUAUGCGGGUGCUACGACGGAUGUUUCGGCAGGCACUGCGAGUGCAGCUCGAUUCAAGAGAUAGCCGGCUUCGACAAGCACUUUCAAUUGUGCCGUCCCGACAACAUUUCUCUUGUGGAUUGCUCCGGCCGCGGUGCCUGCACCUGUGGCCAAUGCGAGUGCAAGGAACGAGAGAAUCCGGAGGAGAAAAUAUCAGGACCUUUUUGCGAGUGCGACAAUUUCUCCUGCGAUCGUGACCAGGGUAAGCUGUGCUCUGAUCAUGGCACUUGCGAGUGCGGCCAGUGCGUCUGUAAUUCUGGUUGGACCGGACCGUCCUGCAACUGUAGGUCUUCCAAUGAUUCUUGCAUCGCGCCUGGAACCACGAACGGUGUGCUCUGCUCAGGCCAUGGCGACUGUAUUUGCGGUGAGUGCAUUUGCCACGAGGAGGGCAGCAUUCGAUACUCCGGCAGGCACUGCAACAAGUGCCCGAGUCGCUGCGAGGAGCUGAAGCCCUGCGUACAGUGCCAGAUGUACGGCACCGGGAACUACAGCGAGCCGGAGGAGUGCGCGAGGAACUGCAAGGAAUUCGUGCCCGAGGGCGUGGAGACGGUGAUCGUCGACGUUGACAACGACGAGGUGCCGUGCUUCGGCACGGACGAGGACGACUGCAAGUACAACUUCGUCUACUACUACAACGAGACCAAUUGCCUGCAGGUGCGCGCUCAAAACGAGCGCGAGUGCCCGCCGCAGGUCUACAUGCUCGGCAUCGUGCUGGGCGUGAUCGCGGCGGUGGUGCUGAUCGGUCUCGCCUUGCUGCUGCUGUGGAAGCUGCUGACGACUAUACACGAUAGACGAGAAUUCGCCCGAUUCGAGAAGGAGAGGAUGAUGGCGAAGUGGGACACGGGAGAGAAUCCGAUCUACAAGCAAGCGACUUCCACCUUCAAGCGAACUUCAAGCGACUUCCACCUUCACCGAAGCAGUCGACAAAUUAGCCGUAUUAACGGGCACGACCGCGAACGCAGAUUUCGCGCAGUUAGAGCAUGCAGUUCCCCCACUUGA